UCUAACUUUAACUUGAAAAAAAAUCCAAUCUUUUUUCCUCAUUUUGUGUGUCAAAUAGAUAAGAGAGAUUUUGUCCUUGAAGCAGCAGUUGCUGCUCGCUCGCUCUAUCUCAGCUUUGCUUAUUUGAUAAAUAACAACCAGAGGGAAGUUAGGCAAACGGUUAGCUAGCUUCUAUCCUGACUUGCUCAUUCCCUUGGAAUCAAAGCAAAUAUAUUUUUGGCUUUUGCAGUUGAUUCUUGGUCGCCUUCUGAAACCCAACCUUCACCUUCCUCUCAUAAUCUCCCAACCCCCAGUCUGCUUCUCUUUCUUAAUUCUAAAACCCUCUCUGGUGCUCCUUCAGGUCCUUGCUUAAAUACCCACUUGAAAGUUUCAAGUUUUGUUGUGCUUCGAGGAUAAAGGCCCCCUUUUUUGGGGGGAUAUCAGGCUUAUUUACUGAUACUCUUUUCGGUUUGUACUCUUUGAAAUCUUGGUUUAUUGGUUUUGAGAGAUUUUUCAGUUGGUGCAGAUAAAAAUGAUUUAUGUUUGAAGGUUGAGAUUUUGAUCGCAUAGAAUUCUGGGAUUUCAAGAAUUGCAGCAAACAGGGCUCAAGUAUUUGGUCCCGCCUUUCGACCCUGUUGGUAUUUGCAUUUUUGCCUCACUGAAUUCUCAUGAUCAUCUAAAGCUUUCAAUUAGAAGUAUUGCCAAUCCAUUCUUGUGAUCCCCAAUACAAUUUCUGUGAUUUAUCAUAGUGUUGGUCACUUAGAAUUCAUGUUGGUGUUCCUUCCUGGACUCGGUUAAUUCCGUUUAACAUUCGUGUAAGAUCAUGCUAUAGCUUGAUUACUCAAUCUUGUACUUCUUCACGAAACCAGCCUUGUUUCCAUUUUUUUGAGCAGGCUCGCGUCCUAAAAUUUACACCUUUGAUAUUCCCAAAUGAAUACCCGGUAUUUCUUUCCACCAGACUCGCUUUGUAAUUCGGGUACCGCAGUUUCGUUUUCAGCAAAUUCUGCAGUCGGAGAUGCUCGUGGGCCUGUAAUCACCAGAAUCAGGUCUUCUCGUGCUCCCCCUUCUACUUUCUUGAUAAGAAUGGCAAUGAGGAUAUCAAGAGCAAGGUGGUUCACCUUUUUGAGAAGAGUAUUCCACUAUCAGAAUGGUUCAAGAUCCAGUCUUGGGUCUAAUCCGUUCAAUUCUAUCACUUGGAUGAUGAUGGAGCUUAUAGCUUUGAUUGUUCAGAUAACUAUGACCACAUUCACUUUGGCAAUUUCAAAGAGGGAGAAACCUGUUUGGCCUAUGAGAUUAUGGAUAAUUGGUUAUGAUAUUGGCUGUCUCCUUACCCUGCUGCUACUCUAUGGGCGCUACCGCCAAGUUCAUGCCACUCAAGGAGAUGGUUUUGGCCUUUCUGAUUUGGAGCAGCAGAGGGGCAGUGAUGAUUCCAGUUUAUUCAGGUACUCACAUCUGAUGAACAAAUGUCGGACUUCACUGGAGCUAUUUUUUGCAAUAUGGUUUGUAAUGGGUAAUGUUUGGGUCUUUGAUUCUCGCUUUGAAUCUUUCCACCGAGCUCCCAAACUCCAUGCGCUUUGCAUCUCUCUGCUUGCCUGGAAUGCUCUGACCUACUCAUUUCCAUUUCUAUUGUUUCUGCUGCUGUGUUGUUGUGUGCCACUCAUUAGCAGCAUCCUUGGUUAUAACAUGCAUAUGGGAUCUGCUGAAAAAGGGGCAUCUGAGGAUCAAAUCUCCAGUCUACCAAGCUGGAAAUACAAAGCAGUUGAUACCAAUUCGGAGGUUGGCAAUGGUGUUGAUUGCAAUUCGACCCUUGCAAAUGAAGAUCCGGAAUGCUGUAUUUGCCUAGCCAAGUAUAAAGACAAGGAAGAAGUGAGGCAAAUGCCAUGUUCCCAUCUGUUUCACCUCAAGUGCAUAGAUCAGUGGCUCAAAAUUCUAUCCUGUUGCCCACUUUGUAAACAAGAACUGGAGAGAUAGACAAGAAGACAAAAACGGCCAGAAGUUUUUAUUAGGGCUUUUUCUUUUUUGUGCUUUACUUGCUAUGUGGGAUUCUCAUGUGUUUACAUGACACACACUCUAUGUCUCUGGAGUCAUGUUUUUACAAGGUUACUUGAGCGAGUGAUUUGCUUGUACAGUGGAGCUCACCAGUAACCACAACACGAUACCCCCAAAUUCUACAUUUGAUGUUUUACACUGUAAUACAUAUUUUCAGUACAUGUACAUGAAACUUAAAUACAUUGUGCGAGUAUUGAUCAGUAUAUAUAAAAUACCUUGCUGCUACAAAUGCUGUUGGUUUUCUGUCA